CGUGUAUAUGUGAUAGCUGUUAUUAACUUUACUAUAUUAUAAUAAAUUUAUUGUUAUAUCUAAAAUAUUGUUUUUUAUGACAUUUUUUUUUUAAGAAACUACAGUCGAGUAAAUAAAGAAAAAACAUAAAUUAUUCGAUAUGCCUAAAGUAAAAAAAGAGAAGGGUCCUAGUGACUAUGGAAAACAAGGUAAGAUUACAAUUUUUAAAAGUUGAUUUUGAUCAAAAAUUUUUUAACCAUCUACCUAUAAUUACAUAAAAUAAAUUUUCAAUAGAAAUUUAAAAACACUUAAAACAUUUAUUACUUAAUAAUUUAAUUUUUGAUAGUUUUUUUUUUUACUGCUCGUCGUGUCCAGUUUGGAUUGCCAAUAAUUUACACUUGUUUAAAUAAUAAAUAAUAAGCUAAGUAAAAGGUUACGUUAUAUGUACAUAGUAGUCAUAAAUUAUAUUAUACCUAAUUAUUAACGAUAUUUAUUUUGGUCAAAUGUUGUAUAGUAAUUUUUUUACUUAGUUCUAGAUUUUAUAUAAAUUAAGUAGGAAUCAUAAAUAUGAAUACUACUUAUGAUUCACGUCUAAUGCAAUAUUUUAUUUUUAUCUAUUUAAAUAUUAUGUACGUGCAUAUACUUUUUUAUUUAUAAUGAUUAUUCCUGUAUAUUUAAUAAGUUCAGCUUGCUGGUAUUAAAUUAUAUUACUAUUUCUGUAAUAAUACAUGCAAAAUAUUGCAAAUAAUACAUUUACAAAUUCUUUAAGUAUAUUUUUCUGUUUAUCUAAUUUAACAAUAGUUAAAUUAACAAUUAAAUCAACUAGUCAGUCCAUAGUAAGUGACAUAUUUUGGAUGAUUUUUCAUGGGAUGUCCAAAAUUAUAGGACCUUUACAAACCCGAUUUUUUUAAUAUUAUUUACUGAUAAAAAAAGAAGUUGAACUUAAUUUUUUUCAAAUUGCUAUGUCAAUAAUUGACAAUUAAUUUUACACUUGAAACUUUGGGAUAUGGUAUUAAGAGAAAUUGAAGGCGAGAUUGAAGGUUAUUACUUAAUACUGAAUACUAACAUUUAUUUUAAAAAUUACCUUAUCAUAUUAACAUUAUUCUAAACGCCACAGUUUUAAAACUUUAGUAAAUUUAUAGUAAAAGAUUUAAACGCCUCUUAAAACUUAAUUGUGCAAUUACUUAUGGAUGCCACACAAGAGUUGUUGUGGAAAUGACUGCAAUACUAAUAAUGAGGAUAUAAUAUUAGGUAUUUUCCACCAACAUUUCAUUGGAUCCAAUGCUAGAUAGGCACAAUAGUUCAUAAAAUAAUAAAAAGUUAUGAUCGAUAAUGAAACAAAGUAUUUAGGUACUCAGUUUUAUAUUGAAUUUAUAAAGUUUAUGAUCAAUAGUUACACUAUGCACUAAAUGUUAUAGGUAUAAUGUUUAAAAAGGACUUUGGGCAACAUAUAUUAAAAAAUCCACUUAUUGUACAAGGAAUGGUGGACAAGUCAGCCUUAUUACCUACGGACACUGUACUUGAAAUUGGUCCAGGAACAGGCAACUUAACCGUAAAGUUGUUAGAACAAGUUAAAACAGUAAUAGCAUGUGAAAUUGAUGUCAGGUAAUUAUAAUUGUUUUUACUUUAAUUUAUAUUUUUUGAACUACAAACUAAAAAUAGAUGUAAAUUUAAGACCUUCCUAAAAAAUUAUUUGAAGUCAAUUUAUAUUUUUUAUUUUUAAUGUAUUAGUUAAAACUUGUACCGCAAAUAGUGUGUUUCAUGGUUUGUCCCUAUCUUCUAGUCAUAUGGACUUGUUAAAUGUUUAAUCAAAUAAAUGAAUCAUAUGUACCUAAAAAAAAAAAAAUACUAGAUGUAUUAAAUUAAUUUUUUUUUACCACUAAGUACAACAUAUAAUGAACCUCCUAUCAAAUUUUUAAGCAUAUUUAAUAAAUACCUAUCAAAUAAAAAUUAUGGAAAAAACUAGCAAAAUUAAAAAUUUUUAUCAAGAAACUUUUACCAGAUCCAGAAAAAGUAAAUAUGAGUUUUCUGUCAACAUUUUAAGUCUACAAAUAUUUUAAACUGAAUUACAUUACAAAAAUUAAAAAUAAUAAAAUAAUUAUUUACAUAUAUUUUCCUAUUUUCCAUGUAUUUUUUGAUUUUACUUAAUUAUUUAAUAAACUACAAUAAAGAUUUCUUGAUGUUUUGCUGUUGGAACAAUAUUUUUGGUAGAAAAUAUAAGCUGUGCAAAUUUAAAAUAAUGAAAUGUUUUUCCGUAAUUUGAAAAAAUUGUACAUUUUGUCUUUUUUGGUUUUUCCUAAUUGUUAUGAAAAAUAAUUCAAAUAUCAAAAAGCGACUUUCUCUAUCAGUGACUAUGUGUUAAAAAAAAUUAAAUUGAUCUCUUUUCAUUUGAUUGAAGUAAUAUGUCUGAAAACAUAAGUUGAAUUUAAUGAAAAUUAUUUGACAUUUUACCUAUACUUUUUUUUUUCGGGUUUUCCCAAUUAUUUCAAAAAUCCGAGGAAAAACCAAAAAUGACCUCUCCAAUGCACCAAUUAAAAAAAAAUCACCUUUCAGAAGAGGUGCUACAGUCUAUACUUCAGAUCAAGUUUUUUUGUAGAACAGACAGAAAAAAAAAAUACGCACACAUCAUAGAACAAAUUGAUCUUUCCCUACUCUUGGAAUCUAAAAAUGAUAGUCCGAAGAGAUCAAACAUACCCCCCAAUUAUAAUAUUAAACAACAUUGUAAUUCAGAAAGUCAACAGUUCUGCUAUCUGGGAAACACAAUUACAUUAUUAUAAUAAUAAUUCCGCCAAUGACAUCAAAAAAAAAAAAAAUAACUCUUGUCUAACAAAAAUUCAUGCAGAAAUAAAAAUAGUCUAUUAACUAGCAAACACUUCAACAUCGAAGCUAAGAAUAAAUAAAUAAAAACAUUUGUGUGGAGUGUGUUGUUGUAUGGACUGUAUUUUGAAACCUUAAAUAUCAGAUAAAGUGACAGUUGAAGCAAUGGAAUUGUGGAUCUGGAGAAAAAUUAACAAAAUAUCAUGGGUUGAAAGAAAAACAAAUGAGUAAGUGUUAAAAGAUGUAAGAGAAAAAAUGGAUAUAAUGAGGCACGUAUUAAAAAGAAAAAGGAAAUUAAUAGGGCGUUUGUUCAGACAUAACACAUUUAUGAAGAAUCUAAUUGGGGAAAAGAUCUAGAGGACACCUAAGAAGAUUAUAUUUCCAUGAUGACAUCAAACAUCUCAUGGAUGUUACAUCUUAUUCACAGCUGAGAAACAUGACAAAUGAUAGAAACAUACGAGGGCUAAUCAAAAAGUAUCAAGACUGGUAGUAUCAUUCGGAAAAGGAGUAUCGAAGAGCAGUAGGAAUGGUAUCACUUGCUUCUAUGACUUUCUGAGUACAUUUGUUUUUAUUGCUUCUCUAUAAAAUUCUUCGGUUUGAUUUCACUGAUAUUUUUGUAAAAUAUAUUUUUCGAGUUUGGCGAUUUUAUAAUAAACCCAAAAGAAUAGUAACUUGACAGAUUUGGAGAUUUUAGAAAAUUUGUCUGCAUUUUUUUCCAGUUUCAGAGGGAUGCAACAUUUCAUGGUUUUUGCCAUUAAAUGUCAACUGAAAAACUGAAAAUGUGCCCUAGAUUGGCAGCGAGUUUCGCUUCUUUUGGAUUCAUUACGAAAUCGCCAAACGUGAAAAACAAAUUUUAGAAAAAUAUCGUCAAACCAAAACGAAGAAGUUUCUAGAGAUUUUAUACGAAUAGACGUGCUCAGUAUAAGUCGUAGAGGCUGGGUUUACAAACCGUAUUGCUCUUCAACGCUCGGUUUCCGAGCGUUUAUUAUCAGUCCCGACACUUUUUGGAUUAGCCCUCGUAUGACUAUCACAACAAGACCCAGCCUUCAGAUGAUUAUGAUGAUGUACCUAUUUAAAAUAAAUAUAUUUAAUUUAGUAAUACAGUACCUAUUUCAGCUCUUAGAUAAUCAUUUAAUUAAUAUUAUUUAAAAUAAUUCUACAAGGCAAAUAAUAAUUAAAUUUUAAUUAAUGUUAUUAGGUUAGUGGCUGAAUUGAAGAAACGUGUUAUGAACACACCUUACCAAAAUAAGUUACAAAUAAGGAUUGGAGAUGUUCUUAAAUCUGAACUUCCUUUUUUCAAUGUAUGUGUUGCUAAUAUUCCAUAUCAAAUAUCAUCACCUUUGGUUUUCAAAUUACUUUUACACAGGUAAAAUAUUAUGAGAUACAGUAAAUUUUAUAAUUCUUUGUGUUGCUAAGAUUUAAAAUAAAAAUAUUAUGUUAAUUACUCAUUGUUUAUUAUAAAAUCAAAAAUAACUGUCUAAACAAAUCAAAUUAAUCAUACUGCAAUAAAAAUAAGAUACAUUUUUUUGUGAUAGAGUAAAACUAUUGAUUUAGCUUGGGUAUAGUAAUAAUUUAGUAAUUUAUUUCAUAUAUUUGCCCAGUUUUCCUCUAGUUUUUUUUGGUUUUUCACAUUUGAUGAAAAAAUUUAAAAAUUAUCUCCCUAAUGUACUUCUCUACACCAAUUUCCUUUUAGAAAAGAUGCUACACUUAAAAAUCUAAAUAAGUCUUCUGGUAGAAAAGUUGUGCACAGAUUAAAAAAAUAAAUAAACAUCAUUGUAAAACCAAUACAUUCUUCGCUCUACUCAGAAUCUGUAACUUAUGAUACCUUCUGGUAAUAUUCUUAUUGCACCGAAAUUUGAAAACCAGGCAUUUCCUGAAUAAUGUUUAUUACAUUUUAAUAGUCUGAAUUUUUAGAUACAUUUCUCGAUAAGUAUUAUAAAUUGUAUUUUAAACUGUUCAUUAAACUUGAAACAAUGUUGAACUGAUAAUAUGAGUUAAAAUUAAGAAAAAUAUCAGGUAUUACUGCGUUAUUCAAUUGUACUGAGUAAACUCAACAAACUAUAUUUGUCAAAUUAGUAUUUUGCAGUAGAAGAGAAUUUUAAAUUAAUCAUACACAGAGCUUUUUUAUUAAAGUGAACACAUAGUCCAUAUAUGUUUUUUUGUUUGUUAUUUUACAAAAUCUUUAUUUCAUAGCUUAAUAGAAAUGAUAUUGUCAAUAUCCUAUAAGGAAUUUUAUUUUCAACCAUAUUAUGUGGGUAUGGUGAUUCGGUUCUUUUCCGUAACUUGAAUAACCUCAUGAUUUCAGUUUUCAUACAGUUUUUCCAAAAAUGUUAUUUUUGUUUAAUAUCCAUACAGUUUAUCAUUUUUUGUUUAAAAAUUGUUGCUAUGAAAAAUUAGAAAUCUUUAGCUGUUGGUAUUGUUAUAAUAAUUAUGUUAUUUCUGGCUAUUGAGGAUUACAUAUAAACAUAAUAAAUAAAGAUGGUUUUUCUUGAGAGUAUAAAUGAUGGAUAUCCUUGAAUGUAAUGUGUCCAUGCUUAAUAUAGCGUAUUUAAAUUUAAGGUAAAUUACAUUUGUUUCAUAGUUCAGAAAUGUAACAAUCACAUUCAAUUAUUUUAAUUAAUUAUAUUGCUGAACUUUUAGUUUGUAUUAAUUAUUCUAUAGGUAUAUUCAUUUCCAAUAUUAUUACAUGUAUAUUGUUGAAAUGGUUAAAUGUUUGACCUACCAUAAUAUGUAGUUAUUUUUUCUUAGCUUUAUUCAAUAUGUUUUAAAGGAUAAAUUUUAAAUCAGAUAAAGGGGGAGAUGGAAGUAAAUGUGAAUCAAGGAAUAUUAGGAUAAAGUUGAAACACAUAGGAAUAUUAAAAAAUAUCAUUCAUGUAUUUAUAUGUCAUAAACUGAUAAAAAUGUAUUUUGAUAUUCCACAAAUUAAAAGUUAUUAGAAAAUAAUAUCAAAUUAUGAAAUAAUUAUUAAGCUUACACCUUAAUUUAUUUCUUAUUUUGUGAGAGUAACUUAUCCAAACCACUAUCCUAAGAAUCCUGGUUAGGCCUGGCAGUAAGAUUUAAAAUAAAGUAAAACUUAUUUAUUAUAUUUUAUUUGAUAUAGAUUUAUUUUGAUCAUCAAAAAAUAUACUUUAAAUGUUUUUUUAUGAUUAUAAUAUUAUAAAAAUGUAUUAUUUUACAGACCUUUUUUCCGGUGCGCUGUACUUAUGUUCCAACGAGAAUUUGCUUAUCGUCUAGUUGCUAAGCCUGGUGAUAAAUUGUAUUGUCGUUUAUCAAUCAACACACAGUUAUUGGCUAGAGUUGAUCUUUUAAUGAAAGUAUGGUACACAUUUAUGUGUUAUUUGUGUUAUAUGUAUAUUAAAUAAUUAAAUUAUACCAGGUUGGGAAAAACAAUUUUAGACCCCCUCCAAAAGUUGAGUCUAAUGUAGUGCGCAUUGAACCUCGUAAUCCACCUCCACCUAUAAACUUCAAAGAAUGGGAUGGCUUGACAAGAAUAGCUUUUUCUCGGAAAAAUAAAACACUAGGUGCAAUUUUCAAACAAAAUACUGUAGCAGUAACUUUAGAGAAAAAUUACAGGAUGUAUUGUUCUCAAAAAAAUCAAGUUAGUUAAAAAUUAAAUUAAAAAUAUUUUGUUUCAAGAUUCUAUAAAUAAUUCAAUAUACAUGUUUGAUUUUUUAGGAAAUAUCAAAAGACUUUGACAUCAAAGAAAAGUUGGACAAUGUUUUAAAUUGCAAUGCCUUUAGUGAAAAGAGAGCUAGAAAAAUGGAUAUUGAUGAAUUCAUCCAGUAAAUAUACCCAUGAUAUUAUAAAAAAUAAAAAAAACAAAUAUUCUAACAGAUCAGGUGUAGUUACCGAAACAAUUAAAUUUAUAAAAUAGUAAACAGUUCCAGUUCAGUCAGUUUGUUAAAUUAUACAUUUUUUUUUUAAAUUUUAUUUUCACAAUAAUAUCGUAAUAAUAAUUGUGUACAAUUGGUACACAAUAAGCAUAUAUGAUUUAACAUGAGUACAUGAUAAGAAGUCACUUAUUUUUUUUAACAUUACUCAUACAGAAUUCACUGUAGUAUAAUCUUAGGAACUGUGGUAUCCAGUUGAUAAUCAUCCAAUGAGCAGUUAAAUGUUUGCUCUUUUUUCAGUUAGCAUUUUGAGAGCACCUAGAGACCUAAAGGAGUCGCUUGUUGGCUGUUUUAAUAAAAAAUAACCCUUGAUUUCUUGUACAAAACAUGUUUAAUUUACAGGCAAAAAAAUGAUUAGGAUGAGCCUCGGGGCAAAAUAAAAAUGUUUAAAUCAUAUCUAAGAAUUGUGUUUUUACAAAAAAAGUUCAAAAAUUUACUGAGCAUUGGAAGUUAUCAAAAUGGAUUUUGACACAGUUUCAAUGACCAAUGUGCCAUGGUUAAUUUUACAUGAAUGACUUUAAAAUAAAUAAGUAUUUAAGCUAAAACCUUCAACUCUUAUAACUGCUUUAAUAAUAAUUUCUGCAAAAAAAUUUGAACAGUUCCGAAAUCCGCUUCAAAGCAUUUUCAAAAAAAAAAAAAUUGUAAAACAAAGGGUGUCCAGUAAAGUAGACUCAUACCAAUAAUACUUAUUAUUUGCCAUGAAAUAAUUUAUGUUUCUUCAUAUUUUUUUCAGAUUGCUUCUCGUCUUUAAUAAGGAAGGAAUUCAUUUUCAAUAACUUUAAAAUUGUUUUACUUUAUCAUAUGAUGUUUUUAAUUACUAAUAUAGCCCAAUAAAUGAUUAAUCUGAAAUAUUUGUUCACAUUUUACUGGAAAAUAUAUGUAUAUCAAUUCCAUCAAAACAAAGCUUUUAAUUAUUUACAAGUUAUAGUAUAAAUAUUUUAAUUUUACAUGUUCCUAUAAUUAUAUUUUUGACAUGCC